AUGGAGCCCUUAUAUGAGGAAUACUUAGCAAAUCGUGGAACAAUCGUAAAACCUUAUUACUGGCUAAGCUUCUCGCUAGACUGCACUAAUUGUCCAUACCAUAUUCGAACAGGAGAAGAGGCCAGAAUUCCCUACACAGAAUUUUAUCAGAUUUUUGGAUUCCCUUAUGGGCCGAUAUAUUCUCAAACAAAACAUCUCACAUUUUAUGAAUUAAAAACUUCUUCUGGUAGCCUUGUUCAAAAGGGCCAUGCCAGUAGGUGCACAGGGAAUGAUACCCACCCAGAAUCGAUGCUCUUUGAAAUGAAUGGCUACCUUGACUCAGCCAUAUACAAUAACGAUGGCAUCAGGCACAUCAUUCUGUAUUCCAGCAACUCCCCUUGUAAUGAAGCUAACCACUGCUGCAUCAGCAAAAUGUACAAUUUCCUGAAAGUGUAUCCAGACGUCACUCUUAGUGUCUACUUUUCUCAGCUCUAUCACACUGAGACUGAGUUUCCUGCCUCCGCCUGGAACCGCGAAGCUCUCCGGAGUCUGGCCAGCUUAUGGCCGCAGGUCACUUUGAGUCCAAUAAGUGGUGGCAUCUGGCAUUCUCUCCUCAACAACUUCGUCAGCGGUAUCUCAGGAUCAGCAGUUUUCCAGCCCAUUUUAACCGGGAGGGCACUGACCGACAGGCAAAACGCCUAUGAAAUCAAUGCCAUAACGGGAGUGAAACCUUACUUCACCGAUGUUCUUUCCCAGACGAAAGAGAAUCAGGCAGCUUCAGAGAGUUACCCCUUCAACAGUGUCUUUCCUGGACCGUCUUUUCAAGUGACAAAUGGUCAAAUGCAACCCACCCCAAUUCCAGACCUCAGGGUUCCGGUUGUCUUCGUGUUAGUGCCUUUCAGAGAAGUACCACCAAUGCAAGUGGGUCAACCCCCCCCCAAACCCAGGAAUGUGGUAAGGCAUUUAAACAUGCCUCCAGUGACAUCGCAGGAAACCGAGGCCCCAGGAAGGUCUCCCAGCGGAAGGCCAGUGGAAACAGCGGAAAUCCCAGAACGGUACGCGAGUAGCAAAGAGGCAGACGAAAAGAAGAAGAAGAAGAAAGGGAAAAACUAA